GAUGUUGAGUUUCCGGAAGUUAGAGCGGCAUGAGAAGAGAACUGUCCGAGGUGCUGACACUAGAAGAGAAGUUUUUCCUUCUUUAGAUUAAUGAGCCUGCGGUAUUUUUCCACAGGAAUUCAUUUAUGAGAUAUUGUACAAAGAGAUUUUGGCAGUAUGGAUGAGCAUCGAGGAGUCUGUACAAGUUUGACCUCCUCGCCCAACAGCAGUAGCCCCGCUGGUAGUAAACCUGGGAUUACGCCAGAAUGCAACGUGGCCCAAGAGCGGCGGACGCAGCUGCUGGUGGCUGAGUCCCAGGGACUGCAGCUCCUUGCUGUGCUCAGAUCGUUCAGGGAGCGAGGUCUGCUGUUUGACUUCACCAUCGUAGUCCAGGGUCAUGAAUUCCCCUGCCACAGAUGUGUUCUUGCAGCAUGUAGUGAUUUCUUCAGGGUCAUGUUCGAGGUUGAUAUGCGAGAGCGUGGAGAUGGCUCAGUAACUCUUGCUAAUCAGUGCCCUGAGGCUGUGGGUUCCUUCUUGGAUUUUGCCUACUCUGGGGAGAUUCUCAUCACUGAUGGCAACGUUGACAUACUGUUCCAGCUCGCCUCUUUCCUGCAGGUUCCUGUCCUGUCCAGGGCAUGCAGUGACUUCCUUGUGGGAACAAUGGAUCUCUGCAACUGCCUUGCCCUCAUGUCCCUGGCGGAGGCAUACGGCUCAGCUUCUCUCCUUCAAAAAGCCAGCGAGUUUGUGGUCGGGAACUUUUCUGACCACUCCAAAACACAGGAGUUCUUGGACAUGCAGCAAGAUGUCCUGAAGGCCUGCCUGAGGUCAGAUGCUCUGAACAUUCCCAGUGAGGAGGCGGCUGUGAUGUCUCUUCUUAGAUGGAUUCACCAUGAUCUUCCAGGGAGACAGAAGCUGCUUUCAGAGCUGAUGUCUCUGACCCGACUGCACCACCUGCCUGCAGCUUCCCUGAUGAAGUUGCGUGAGUCAGAGCCGCUCCUUGGCAGCGAUGACUCCUGUCUCACACUCCUGUCAGAGGCCCAGAGCAGACAGACUCAGUACAAUGGCCUGUUCACUGAUGCGAGGCCUGCAACCACUCAGAGCUACAUCUACAUUCAUAAGACAGAGGAGAAUGGACAGAACCGUCACACCUUCUGCUACUGCCUGGAAACGGACCAGUGGAGAGAGCUGCAGACAGAGCUGGGGGAAGCUUACAUUCCAGAUCCACCUGGGUCUUACCUGACCACCUAUGCCGAGAAGAUGUUCAUCACCGGGGGUUGCCGAGGGAACUGCUGCAGGGCAAUCCGCCUCCACGUGGCCGAACCCUACCACAAUGCAAUUGAUGAGGUUUGGUGUUUUUGCCCUGUGAGCUUAACCUGCACGCCUGCACCGGCCAUGCUGAAGCCCAGAACCAUGCACACAGCCGUGACCUGUCUGGACAGGGUCUAUGUCAUCGGAGGACGGACCGAGGGAACCAGAGGGGAUGCCCCAAGUCUGCUGGAGGUGGAGUAUUAUAAUCCUCUGACUCAGAGCUGGUCCUCUGUCAGCCCUCUGCCAACUGCCAUCUUCUACCCAGAGGCCAGUGCUUGUGGCAGUGUUAUUUACACGCUUGGGUCUGAGGUGGAGAUCACAGACUCCUUUAAUCCCUCUCUCGACUGCUUCUUCCGCUAUGAAGCCCAGCAGGACCAGUGGAGCCGCCUGGUGGCAGAGUUUGGACAGUUUUUCCAUGCUACACUGGUCAAGGCAGUGUCAAUAAACAAUACGCUGCAUCUCUGCGAUCUGUCAACCUAUAAGGUUUACAGUUUCUGCCCAGAAACCAGUGUGUGGAAGGGUGAGGGGUCGUUUGAAUGUGCAGGGUUCAACGCUGGAGCUGUAGGCAUGAGGGACAGAAUCUACAUUCUGGGUGGAGAUUAUUCACCGGACGAGAUCACAGACGAAGUUCAGGUGUACUACAGUGGGAGGAGUCAAUGGGAGGAAGUGACGCCCAUGCCCAGAGGACUCACUGAGUUCCACUGUCAGAUCAUUAGCUUCAACCGAUUCAGAGACCCAUGGGGUGAUGCAGAAUGAUACCCACCACACAACACUCGUUUUACAUAAACACCUGGAGGAAAAUGUUACUGGAUGUGCAUGUCUGCAUUGGAUCCCUCAUGGCUUUUAAACAUUUGCACAUUGUGGAUGGCAAACAUCUCAAAAAAGAAGGAAAAUCGGUGUUCCUCUUCAAAGAUCAUCACACCUGAGCCAAAAUGACUAUUUUUGUUUGUCACGUGUAAGCCAUCAUAAUAGUUACGUUAACCAAAGCACCUAAUUUUUUAUCAUGUCCUCCUGUGGAGGAACCCUGUUAAGCUCUGUGAAAAGUUUUAUUUUAGUAACAGAUUAUUUUUUGUGAUGAAGAAAACAAGUAGAGAACACAAUUUUAGGCACUGCAUGACCCCACAGCACAACACAACACAAGGCAAAAACUAAGUGCUGAAUUUAACAAUGGCUGAAAAUAGAUAUCUAUAUGUUGAGUCCUGCUUAGUCAAAUAUUCUCCUUAUAAUUUCUGUAAUAAAAUAUUUUCUGGGCUGUUAGAAAGUGAUGUGAAAUGGUUCAUUUAAAAUGAUUGGGGGGGGGGGGGCGAUGUCAUGUCAACAUUGACAUUAAACAAUAUGCUUUUAUUUUGCUCCAUCACUUUCAUGUGAUAUGCAUGUCCUGGUUCUUGUGCUUUUGGUAGAUAAAAAUGAUCUGAUCUGUAUCAUCUGCACUGUCUGUACCCGUCAAACAAAACACACUUUAAAAAAAAAUCCAGUUUAAGAAAGCAAAAGCAGAAAAAACUUCAUUAAUGAAA